AUGGCUUGGAUUUGGACAGCUCUACUAGUGUUCAUCACAGCCAUUUUUUCACUUGCAAAAAUGGCAAUGAAGAAGAAUAAGAAGAAGAAAAGACUUCCUCCUGGUCCAAAGGGAUUACCCAUUGUUGGACAUCUCCAUCUGCUGGGCAAGAAUCCCCACCAAGACAUGUACCAAUUCGCCAAAAAACACGGCCCCAUCAUCCGCCUCCGCUUCGGCUCCGCCACCAUCAUCCUCGUCUCCUCCGCCGACGCCGCCAAGCUCUUCCUCAAGACCCACGACCACAUCUUCGCCAGCCGCCCACGCUACGAGGCCGCCAAGUACAUCCUCUACGACGAAAAAGACCUCAUCGCCGCCAAAUACGGCCCCUACUGGCGCCAAAUGCGCAAGCUUUGCACCCUCCAACUCCUCAGCCCUCCCAAGAUCAACUCCUUCCGCCCCGCCCGAGAACAAGAAGUCAAACUCGGAGUCCUCUCUCUCAAGCAAAAGGCCCAUAACCGCCAACUCGUCGAUCUCAGCGCCUUCGUCUCCACCAUGAACGGCAACAUGAGCUGUAUAAUGGUGUUCGGGAAGAAAUACACGGAAGAGGAGUUCGCCGAGACGGGGUUUCGUGGCGUGAUGAGGGAGACCACUCAGCUCUCCGCGGCUCCAAAUCUUAAAGACUAUUUUGAUUUUCCUCUCCUCGGCGGUUUCGAUCUCCAAGGUUUGACCCGUCGCAUGAAAGCCGUGUCUAGGAUUUACGACGAUUUCUUCGAGAGGGUUAUAAACGAACACAUUGAAAAUAAAGACAAGAAACAAACGAAAGACAUCGUUGAUACCUUAAUUGGGAUAAUGGAAUCUGGGCAAGCUGAGUUCGAGUUCGAUCGGCGACAUGUGAAAACCUUGAUGUUGGAUAUGCUCGUGGCGUCCAUGGACACUUCAGCAACAGCAAUAGAGUGGAUACUCUCAGAAAUCAUCAGACACCCAAUGGUGAUGAAAAAGCUGCAAAAAGAAUUGGAGGAAGUAGUGGGCAAAGAUAGAAUGGUGCAAGAAUCUGACCUCAAAAGUUUACACUACUUAGAAGUGGUGAUCAAAGAAGCCUUCAGGCUUCAUCCAGUUGCGCCAUUGCUGCUCCCUCACGAAGCCAUGGAAGAUUCAAUGGUAAGCGGCUUUCACAUCCCCAAAGGCUCGAGAAUCCUGGUGAACACCUGGGCCAUCGGGAGAGACCCCGAGUUCUGGCCCGAGCCUGAGAAGUUUAUUCCAGAAAGGUUCGUUGGAAGCGACAUAGAUGUUAAGGGGCAUGAUUUUGAGUUAUUGCCGUUUGGGUCUGGGAGGAGAAGUUGUCCUGGUAUUCAACUCGGGCUCGUCAUUGUUCGUCUGAUAGUGGCUCAACUGGUUCAUUGCUUUGAUUGGGAGCUUCCUGAUGGCAUGUUGCCCGGGGAUUUGGACAUGACUGAACAGUUUGGAACUGCAACAGCUAGGGCUAAUUCUUUAAAGGCUAUUCCAAAAUACCGACUCAUCGAUUGA